UCUCACAUCAGUGUCAAAAUGAAAACACGCUGUUCAGAAGCACAGCGCUCAGGAGUUUCUGCAAACGCCUCGGCGUAUACAGUUUAAUUUUAGUGCUUUCAAAUGGAUUUUUUCAAAUAUAUUCCAGGAUCGAGAUGCUUCUUUAUUCAUUAAAUCUGUUGCAGAACCGUAUUGCGACAGUCGAAUUUCAUGUCGUUGAAAAUGUAGACAUCAAACAAUCUCACGAGAGCAAAAGUGUUCAGUGAAAGUGGAAAUGCAUGAGGCCUUGGUUCUGCUUAUCCUGAUAGAGGAGGGUUUCGCAUUGGCACAGAAAACUCAAGCUUUGCCUCAGAAUGUGGCUGUUGAGGAUAAGAAGCCCGCUCACUGUGGAACUUUGAUCCAGACAGCAAAUGGGGGAUCAUUCAGUUCCCCAAACUACCCCAACACCUACCCGCCAAACAAGGAGUGUGUGUACAUACUGGAGGCCCAUCCACGGAAGAGAAUCCAGCUCACUUUCAAUGACAUCUACUACAUCGAGCCGUCCUUCGAGUGCCGCUUUGAUAACAUUGAAAUCCGUGAUGGGCCGUUUGUUUUCUCUCCGUUGAUUAAUCGGUUCUGCGGAGAAAAGAGUCCAGGGAUUGUCACCUCCUCUGGACGCUUUAUGUGGAUCAGAUUUUCCAGUGACGAGGAGCUGGAAGGCAUGGGUUUCAGGGUGGAGUAUUCAUAUACUGCAGAUCCUGAUUUUCAUCUCCAUGUUGGAGGACUCUUGAAUCCCAUUCCAGACUGUCAGUUUGAAAUGUCUGGAUCAGAUGGUAUAAUCAGAUCUAGUCAAGUUGAGGAGGAAAACAAGGUAAAAUCAGGGGAAGCAUUGGAUUGUAUUUGGACCAUACGAGCUCCACCUAUGUCUAAGAUCUAUCUCCGCUUUCUGGACUAUCAGAUGGAGAACUCGAAUGAGUGUAAGAAAAACUUUGUUGCGAUCUAUGAAGGCAGUAAUGCCAUUGAAGAUUUAAAGGCCAAAUUCUGCAGCACUGUUGCCAAUGACAUCACACUUGACAAUACCGUGGGUGUUGUUCGAAUGUGGGCCGACGAGACCAGCAAACUGAGCCGGUUCCGGAUGCUCUUUACGGUCUUUGCUGAACCUCCAUGUUUGGCCAACACAUUUUUCUGUCACAGCAACAUGUGCAUCAACAAUACUCUGGUCUGUAAUGGUGUUCAGAACUGUGUGUUUCCCUGGGAUGAGAACAAUUGCAAAGAAAAGAAGUCUAAAAGUUUUUUCCAUCAAAUGAGUAAAACUCAUUGCAUUGUGAUUGGAGUGGCCACUGGUGUGGUCUUUCUUCUUCUCAUCAUAUCUGUAUUUAUACAGAUGAAGCAGCCGAGAAAGAAGGUUUUGAGCCGUAAAGGUCUAUUCAGUGCUGCAGAGAUGCAGGAGGUGCUGGAGCCACCUCAGUAUGAGCUGUUCUCCAUGCGGGAAGCUGAUCUCCCGGACGAGCUGUCGGACGAGCUGGAGAGUCUGCAGAAACUCCGCCGGUCCUCCAGUGUGUCCCGCUGCGUCCACGAGCAUCACUGUGGUGCUCCGAGCAGCGCUGCCUCCAUUGUUAUGGCCAACAGAGCGCAUCAUCUCUCGCAGGCCCCUGAGGAGCUGAGUACGGUCAUUGGGGCCAGAGGCUGGGGCAGUUUCCAUGGACGCAGGAGCAGCUCGCACUCGCAACCUUUCACGCACGAUCCGCGCUCACACGCUUACAGCGCACAGAGUCUGCACGAGGCAUUUGAAGAUGAAGAUCUGGGACUGGAGGGACGUGUAAUGGAAGAAAUUGGCUAUAAUGAUGUUUUCAACCGUGGACGCAAUGUCGUGAUGGUACGUAACCAUGCCAACCCUGUUCAGCAGCGUUCCCUCUCUAUGGACUUCUGAGUGGAAGGUCAGAAGUCAGCUGACACUUUCUUUUUUCUUUUGGUCCUGUUUAAAAAUACAGUAAUUUAAUACACUGCCCGGCCCAAAAAAAAAAGAUUUAAAUAGGCAAAUACUUAAGAGUCUAUGAAUGGAUCAUUACCGAUUUCUAGCAGGUUAUAUGAUUGGGAACAGUUCUUCUAACCCUAAUUGAUGGAGUGUGUAGCUUUUUAUUUCUUAAACAAUCAUGUAGGAAGAUAAUGGCCAUAUUCCAGGAUGACAGUGUCAAGGUUCAUCAGGCUCAAAUUGUGAAA